CUGUCUGGUCUGACUCCCUGUACCUGUCUCCCUGUUUCUCCCUGUCUGGUCUGUCUCCUUGUGUACCUGUGUCCCUGUACCUGUUGCCCGGUCUGGUCUAUCUCCCUGUACCUGUCUCCUUGUCUUAUAUCUUCCUCUAAUUGUCUUGUCUGUUUGGUCUGUAGAGACAGAAGGUCAUGUCUCUGAGCAGAGCAAAGGGGAGCUUCUGUGUCCAGCUGCUGUAGCUCGUUAGUUAUAUAAUCACCCCUGUUUCAGUGCCAGUACCCCGUCCUUCACUUGCAUGUCAAAGUCUAGCAGAGGGUUGGGAUGGGUUGGUUAUCUCAUUAGGGUGUUAUUUAAAGUGUUUCCCUCCUGUUCUGUGUCCUGCAGCAACACUAAGAGGUUUAAAGAGUCCUGUUCUCUGUCCUUCCUGAAGUACAUUACUGUACUGUACAGGGCCAGACUGGAGUGACUGAUCGCAGCCAGGAAGCAGCUCCUCACGCAACAUUGCAACAUCUUCUCUACUCUUUUCUUCUGUCUCUUGAUUCUCUGAGGGACACAGAGCCAGGGAGUUGGACAGAGACUGCAGCUCCCUCAGUCCCCUAGCAACCUACCUUCUCUACAGGUGAACCUCAGGACCUCUGCAUCCAUCAACUCUCCAGAACCCAACCUAAUCCAGCAGAACUACCCCAUCUCACCCAAAAGGGUGACAGCAGAGUCAGCCAGAGAAAACAGGGUCUACUCUACCUCUACAGGUCAUUGAUCUCAGCCCAGCUUUCCUGUAACCAGUACUCAUCCCUCAGAAGGCGAGAGCCUCCAUCGACCGUCCCUCUUCUCAGCCCAGCGCCACCUCUCAGACAUGGGGAACCACGGCUCUAACCUCGAUGAUAUCCUGGCAGAGGAUAUGCACCACUGGUACAACAAGUUUAUGAAGGAGUCUCCGUCAGGACUCAUCACGCUGUUCGAACUCAAGGGCAUGCUGGGUCUGCAGGGGAUGAACGCGAACGCUACCAGCUACGUGGACCAAGUCUUCUUCACCUUCGACAUGGACGGGGACGGGUACAUAGAUUUUGUAGAGUACAUCGCAGCCAUCAGUCUGAUGCUGAAGGGAGAAAUCAACCAGAAACUCAAGUGGUACUUCAAAUUGUUUGACCAGGACGGCAACGGGAAAAUCGACAAGGAUGAGUUGGAGACAAUAUUCACGGCAAUCCAGGACAUCACGCGGAACCAGGAUGUCACCCCAGAGGAGGUUGUGUCGCUCAUAUUCGAGAAGAUCGACAUCAACGGAGAGGGUGAGCUGACCCUAGAGGAGUUCAUCGAGGGGGCGAAGGGUCACGACGACAUCAUGGAGAUGCUGAAGAAGAUGAUGGACCUCACGCCCGUACUCAUCAUCAUCGUCCAAGGGAUAGUAGUCUGAGAGAGACCGGGCCAACCACUGCCGUAGCCACUAUGUACACCUGCGACCGGGAGAGAGAGAUGACAGAAAGACUUAAGUCCAUUACAAACAUUUACCCCACAAACUAAUAAUUGUGAGAUUUGCCCGCACAACGGACCUGAGGGAAUGCGUUACCUUAUGAAACAAGACUGUUGUUCCCCAAUGAGGUUUCUAUGUCACACUGCCAGGUCUGGGGGUGGAGACAAUGUAGUCCGUACGUAGUGGACCCUAGGAAGAGAAGCAGCUAACAGGGUUCCGAAUAACUAAUUAAUAAAUAGUCCCAGACUGGUGAAGACUGAGGCAUCCAGUCCUGUACUGCAGCCCACUAACCAUCCACAGAUGAAGGGAUGAAAGAGAACAUUUACAAACAAACUGAAUGAAAGAGAACAUUUAAAGGGACAGCUAUGGAGAGCGGUAAAGAUACCAUCUUCACAUUCUGCAUGUUUGUGUUUGCUCUCUGACCACUCAGCAAGAUGAACACUUGGAUUCUAAGAGAGAGAGAGAAUUCUCUAUCAUAAAUCAUCACUAUAGGGCCAGGAGUUUUCCUGACCAUUUGACCGCCACAAGGAGAUGCUUUGGGCUUUAAUUAUAGGCUAUGUUCAGGAGUAAGGUCACAUGGUCAUGUGAAGGUCUUGUCUCUAAUCAUCUCCUCUGUAGGUAUGAUCAUAAACAAGCACAGAUAGAGACCCUAGGGGUUCUGAAGUGCCUGCCCUUUUUCCCUCCUUUCGAUUGGUGGAAUUACUUUGUUCUUUUCUUCCCAGCCCUUUCCCCCUCUUUUGACACCAGGAGAGCCGAGAGCGUCAUGUUGCCAUUUUUAUUUACUCUGCCAUUUUUAAAGUCACGCACCCUCCCCUCGUCCUUGACUUUUCCUUAAUAAGUCUAUAUAACACAGAAUCUUAUUAUCACAAACAGAAUUUGUGUUAUAAGUGGUUUUAAGAGGUAAUUUCUUGUCCCUGCUCCUCAUUCACCACCAGUCAUUCACACUCUGUCAGCCUGCCCAGCUGAUGGCCCAUCGAAACUGCACCUAAACUAUAUCGAAACUAAUUUCACACAUAUAAUAAUAGAAAUAGCCUAAAGACAAGACUUCAUUGACAAUAGUCUGAUGGGUGACAAUAUUAUCAAUUGUCAAAUUGUAUAUGAAGAGAUGGGCGCAUCUUGGAAUUGACACAGAGGCAGGGAGCGCUAAAAAGUCACUUUUUCAAACCCUUCUGCAGAGUUACAUACAUGUAAGAUGUUUUGAUGUCUAUAUAGUAUUAGAAAGAGCAGAUUCUGCAGUUUCUUAUACGAUUACCUUUGUCAAAUAAUGCUGCAAAUUUACUGUAUAUACACAGUUUAUUAGGUACACCCAUCUAGUACUGGGUCGGGACCCGCCUUUGCCUUCAGAAUAGCCUGAAUUCUUCGGGGAAUGAAUACUACAAGUCGGAAACUUUCCACAGGGAUGUUGAUCAUGCUGACGCGAUGGCAUCAUGCAGUUGCUGUAGAUUGGACAGUGGUACACCACCACCCGCUUGUACCGUUGACAUCAGGCAGGAUGGAUCCAUGGACUCAUGCUGCUUACGCCAAGUCCCGACUCUGCCAUCAGCAUGACGCAACAGGAA